AUGACCCCCUUCUCCAUCACAAGAGCACAUGCCCACAUUCCCCAAUCCCUCGCCCACCCUGACUGUGUUCGGGUAGGCGUGUGGGGUCGGCUUCCGAUGGCGGCAAAAGGCCUGGGGCUUCGCCGCUAUGCCUCUCCGAUGUGUGGGGAACCAGGCGGUGGCCACCGCCUGGUGCUUGCCGGCUAA